UAAUUAAUCUAAUAAGAACGUUAAAGUAAUAAAUAAAAGUAGUGUGUUAUUAAUUUGUUUGCGUUAAAGUUGUGAUUUUGGUUUGAAGCAGUGACCAACUUUAAUUAAACAGUCACCAACUAUAUUUGGCCUAUUUAAGCCGCAUUUAAUCGUGCGUUGUCGAACGUCAGAGCAAUUCACUUAAGCAACAGCGAAGAAAGCAAAUCACGACAAACGAAAAUAAACGCUUAAAUAAACAAACAUUUUUAAAGGUUUUUAAAUUAAAUAGUGUGGAAAAAGACAAUUUACUGAGAGCAGCAAGUUUCUCAUAUGUGAACGCAAGAAUUUUCAGUUCAUAUUGAAUGAAUGAAUGUUUUGGUUUACUAACUUUGUGCUGCAGAAGUAAGAAGACAGCCUACCUGUAGAAUUGAAGUGAAGCGUGUAUGGAAUUUGUGAAAAGAGAAAGUUGGCUAAGACAUUGUUAAACCACUCCAAUAAGGAAGUACACGUAAUACAGCAAAUCAAGUGACACAUCACCAUGUUAAAAGCGAACACAACGGAGUCUCACUCGACAUCUGCAAUAGCGAAUGGGAAAUCAUUGGCUAACGGUAAACCUGUUGCUAAUGGUAAAAAUGCACAACCCGAAGCAAAUACUUUGCCACAAAAGAAAUCGGUUGUAAUCGCCUAUAUACUUUGGCUUUUUGGUGGUAUUUUUGGACUACAUCACCUGUAUUUGCAUCGGGAUCGACAUGCUUUCAUCUGGUGGUGUACACUGGGCGGUUAUUUCGGUGUCGGUUGGUUGGCUGAAAUAGUCUUAAUACCGGAAUAUGUACGUGAUGCUAAUGAGGAUCCAACAUUUAUUAAAUCAUUUGUGGCGAAAUUGCAAGCAAAUCAACGACCGCCUUACUCGGCUAAGCGUUUUGUGGGCGAAGUAAUGAUUGGCUAUCUCUUUGGACAGGUGCUGCUUAUGGCCAUACCGGAAACUAUAUUCGCUGGUAUUGAUUGGGGCUUUCUUCAUUGGCUUAUACCGGUAUUUGUUUCUUUGGGCGUCUGGACUGUGGGCAAUAUCGGACGCGAACGUGGUGUUUGGUGGCAAUGCUUAAUCGGCGCCGUUGCCAUAUAUCCAGCACGCUAUCUAAUUUAUGAUGAGACCUAUUCAUUGCUACUGACUGCGCUGGUUUCUGCGCUAGUUUUCGACACUUAUUCAAAACAAUGGUUGCGUACACCACCGAAACGUCAUGGCGUUGGCGCACGUUCGAUAAAAUUGACAGCUGCCUUGCUGCUUUACUUUUCUUUAUGGGGAUGUUUUCUUUAUUUCAAUGGCACGAUUACUGAUGACGAUGGUGGUGAAGUGCCGAUACAUGAAGCUUUACAGAAUUUCCUUACAUCAGCUUGGUGGACAGAUUUCACACAAGCCCUAUCGGAUACUUAUCAAUACGCACAGCAUCAUGGCUGGUAUGAGACAUGGAAGGAAAUUUUCGAAAGUAUGGAUGUGGAUGGCGAACGUAAUUCGUACAAGGUGUUGGGCGUGAGUGCAACAGCGUCACAAGCCGAAAUUACAUCAGCUUAUCGUCGCCUCUCGAAGGAAUUCCAUCCGGACAAGGUCAAAGAUGAGAAACUGAAAGCGGCUGCAAAUCAACGAUUUAUUGAGAUACAACAGGCUUAUAAUGUGCUGAGUAAAAUCAAAUCGAGUCGUCGUCGUAAGAACAAAAAGUCCGUUGAAGAUGAACCGAUUGUUUUAUAAGAAACAAAAAUGUUUGCUAAAACACGCAUAUUUUACGGAAAAUAGUAUGUAUAAUUAAAUAUGCAUUUAGAUAAGUCAUUAACUUAAAUUAUUUAAUUUAUUUUAUUUAUUAUCGACAAUGCCCAGUUCAUAAAAAUAUCCAUUUCGAAUAUUUAUUAAAGAUACAAUU